AUGCACAGAAGUCUCAGAAGCCCUCCAAAAGAGACAGCUCUCCUAAGCACAGGCGAGCACUGUCGCAUGCAUCACACGAAAGGGCGCACUUGCUUGUCAUAUACCCACUUCUCGAGCAUCCAGCAUGGUCACGCGAAGGUUGCGAUUGUAACUGGCGACUCGGAGGAAGGUGCCUGGCCACUCGUCAUCACUUUUAGCAUAGACGUGCGCUUGGUACAAGACGCUGGGGGAAUCAUCAUUUCUUUGUGGUCGUCUUCCCCAAGCAAGCCUCCGACGGCAAAUCCUGAUCGCCCCAAAUGCUUCACGUGA